GAGGAGUGAUUAGGAAAACACGCCUCUUCUCAUUUAUACAACUUCACUGGACAGACUUCAGGAGUCGAGCAGCGGCGCGCAGAAGGGCUUCGCUAACUUCACCUAACUCAUUUUUAUAUCAGUGGUAUUUCUUCUUUAAUUUUCUGGACUUAAACGACCGCAGAAAUUACUCUACCAUACUCCCAAAGCGUAACGACAAUGAAGAAAGUGACCGUCGCGGAACCGAGCACACAUACUGUCCUGACAUCCACUCCUAUGAGCGAAGGGUCGACGACUUACCGAACGGUAAACUUCGGGGCAGCUCAGCUACAGCCGGUCCAGUACACAAACAGCCAAAUGGCGGAGCCGAGCACACAGACUGUCCUGACAUCCACUCCUGUCGGUAUGAGCGAAGGGUCGACGACUUACCGAACGGUAAACCUCGCGGGAGGUCAGUUACAGCCGAUCCAGUACGUGAAAAGCCAAGUGGAUGGGAACGUGAUGUACGGCGGCGCACGUUACCUGGUGCCUGUGCAGCAGCGGCCCUCGGAGUCCAUCGUGUACCUGAGACAGGCGCCGCGCGUAAUGCAACAGAUGUACUUACAGAACGUUCAGAACGUUCAGCCCGUCAGCAUUGGCAGCGUCGAAGAAACCGAUACCUACAUACAAAGAAAUGGAAAUGGACAAACAUCUUUAUUCAGCCAGUUAUCCAGUCCAGUCAAAAGCCCCGGACCAUCUGAGUCGGAGCUGGAAUGUUCAAGCGUUCGAGAGGAAAUCGUGGACCUGAGAGAAAUAAAGAAUGGUCUUUCUGAGAUUAAGACCGAGGUUAUCAAUGUGGAACCGAUCGCCAAGAUGGACAACCGCUUCUUUGGCGAGCUUCUUGCCGAGGUUUACCGCAAGAACUCCGAUAUUCACACUUGCAUCUCCGAGCAUGUGGCCAAGAUUCGCGGAAGGAAACACCUUCUGGACCCCACCAUUGACUACAAGGUGGAAAAAGAAGAUAUAGACAGUCUCAUUCCUAAAGGAGUGUCCGAGCUGACUAAGCAACAAAUCCGCUACCUGCUGCAGACUCGUAUGACGGCUGAUAAGACCAUGCGUCUGUUGAUGGCCACGUUCAGCAGUCUGCGAGAGGAGUUAGUGCACAUGCAGGAUGAUCUGAGGCGUCUGGAGAGUGAGAAGGAGGAGCUGGAGAGAGAUCUGAGCUUCAAGGCAGAUCAGGCUCAGCAAUACGACAGACUACUGGAGACCGUACGUGAGCACAACAGACAACUGCAGGUGGCUGUGAAGGAUAGUAAUAAUGCUCAACGUACUUUAGAAAGUCAGCUACUGACCAUGCAGAGCAAAGACCCCAGCAAAGACUUCCGCAUUAUAGAAUUGGAGGGCAACAAGAGAGCCCUGGAGCAGGAAAACGAGUUACUCAGGAAGAAGUUGUCAGGGCAGUGCAGUAGUUCCACUGUCCAAAUCAAAACACAGGAGCUGUCCAGAGAGUAUGAACAGAUGCUGAAAGCUCUACGAGAGGAGAAGGACAGAGAACUCAAGACCCUGCAGACUCAGCUUGUAAAGAUCCAGACCGAGCGCACCAUUACACACACCUCUGAAAGCGGUUUGGAGAUGCGUAUCUCUGAGCUCCUGUCCAAACUAGAACAACGUGAAAGUGUCAUCAAACACCAGGAGGAGGAAAUCAGGCGACUCAAACAGCCGAAGGGUGACAACUCCAGCAGUACAACGAGGACUGUCGUUACCAAGAGAUGCGUGAACCAGUACCCUCUUCUGGGUCUGCUGAGUGAUGAGUACCAGUACACACCACCCAUUAAAGAGGACAGGACUGUUGUCAUCGAGAGUACGGGGGUCAGCAUGUGUACUCAUCUAGACGGAAUGAACAGGAAGAAGAUUUAGAGGCCUCCCCGUUUUCCCCGUCCAAAUCUCAUUCCCGCCCUCCCUCUCUCCCUCUCUCCCUGCAUGCUGCCCUCUUUCCAGUGGCUCCUAUUGGUGAUGGUGGCGCUGAUUUUUUUUAGUUUCCAUGCUUUGGAUUUGGAUAAUGCCGUAUGAAGAAAGAACUAAAACAGCAUUUAAUGACAGCUGACACAAAAUCUUUCAGAAGCAUUGUGUUUGUUAUAAUACUGUGUGACUACUGAUAGUUAUUUUUAUAUUUUUGAGUCAUCUCUUCAUAUGAUGCACCACAACCUUUAGUAGCCUCCUGUCAACACUACUGUAAGCAUGUAAAUAUUUGGAGAGAGAUUAUUUGCAAGUAUCAUAUACCUUGACUGGAAUAAAAGUUGAGCAUUGUCAGUAAUGUAAAAGGUGAUUGUUGGUUUUCUUAUUCAUUUGGGUAUAUUAAUUAUGCAGAUUUUAUUUGUUUUUUUAUUGUUAUGUGACAGAGGUGAUGCUUUAUGUAGAAAAUGAUGCAUAUAUGUUAUAGUGGUCGGCCGAUGCACGUUUUUGAAUGGCCCAUGCAGGUAUUUGGAGAGCGGGAUGAUCCACUAUAUAGAAAACAAAAGUCUGGGUUUUCUGAUGUUUUUGAAAGUCUCACCAAGGAUGCAUUUAUUUGAUCAUACAGUAAAAACAGAAAAAAUGUGAAAUAUUAUUAUGAUUUAAAAUAACUGUUUUCUAUUUUAAUAUAUUAUAAAAUUUAAUUUAAAUAUGUGAUGGUCAUUACUCCAGUCUUCCGAUUUGUUUCUCAAAAAACAUGUCUUAUUAUUAUCGUCAAUGUUGAAAACACUUGUGCUGCAAAACCUUUUUACUUUUUAAUUUUUUUUUUAUAAAUAAAAAGAUUAAAAGAACAGCAUUUAUUUGAAACCUACAUUUUUGUAAUAAGUUUUACUGUCACUUUUGAUCAAUUUAAUGCAUCCAUGCUGAAUAAAAUUAUUCAUUUAAAAUAAUAAUAAUAAUAAUAAUAAAAAGAACUGAUCCCAAACUUUCAAACAGUAGUGUACAUAGAAACUGUAGAAAAGACAAGAAUAAGAAAGAAAAUUUUAAAACGGAAAAUCACGUUAUCUGUUUACAAAGCUGUCAGAUGUAAUCGGCCAAUGCCAAAUAUCUGCUUAUUUAUUGGUCUGGCUGAUACUUUGGUAGACCACUAAUAUGUAAUGUAAACUGGUGAGGGGUUUUACUGCUUUAAAGUGGUUGAUAGCACAUGGGGUAACAGUGAUUGCUGUAAACUAUCUAUAAAUUCUCGCAGAUAUACUGUAUGGAAAAUGAAAUCUGUCAAAUGUCCUAUAUCUAAACAUUGGUUAGAAGACAAUUAACAAACAGAAAAACUCUGCUCAGUAGACACUGGCAGCUAUAGGGCCUCCAUAAACAUUUUUGUUUUUGUAGUCUGAAACUGCUGGGAUGUUUUUGUCACGGUAAUAUCUGCAUGAAUCAAGUGUUGUUGUUUGUUUUACUUGGUUAUUCUUCAUAUGACUCUGACACUUGCUAUGUUUGAGUGUGGAGUUUUCUUUGUUUACCUUUAUUUCUGUGCAGUUGUUAGUGGUGUGCGAGAUUUGGCAAAGUUUGAGUCGUCACGCGGUAGAUUGUAGCAUUACAGGUAGCUUGGAUAUCUAGACAUUUUUAUUUUAUUUUUUAAAUAUCUUGAUGUGACUAAAGAAAUUAUUUUCUUAGAACUCUAUAACAAUAAUGGCUACGUUUACAUGCAACCAAAUAAUCCGUUUGUAAUCGGAUUGACGGCUCAAUCGGACUGAAAAGGCUUCAUGUAAACACCUUAAUCGAUCCGAUUGAGCUCGAUGGGAAUGAAAUUUCGAUCGGAUUGAAGGAGGUGGUUUAUUCCUUUUCUAAUCCGAUUGAGCGUGCAUGUAAACACUCGAUCGGAUUGAAAACCGAAAUUGACGUAGAAAUAGCGUAAUCUGGUCGAGCGGGUCAUUCUUUUGAAUAAAAUGUUGUAUAAAUGCGUGUCCUGUCAUUAUAAAACUCUCCUUUCACUCGGCAACUGUGAAGUGGAGCAGGACAAACUCCCACCAGUCCUUGUUUCGGACUCUCAUCCACAGGCAACCCGUUUUGUGCACGGGGAGGGGCAUUUUUCUGCGUGAUGAAUAUGAGCAGCACGGCACUGCGGUUUAUAUGUAUAUUUGUCCAGAAAUGGAAAAAAUAUUAAUUCUGCUGUUAAAAACGAAUAAAGAAACAGAGAGUAGUUAUUAUGUGCAAACAGUGUGAGAAACUCUAUAUUUGUGCAGUGUGCGCAUGUCCAAAAAACCCCCCCAAUUAUUAUUAUUUGAAGCUUGUGACAUAUAAACGCGCACAUCAACCCGAUCACUUUAUUUCAGUCGGAAUGAAUUCAGUCCGAUUGAACCAAAAAUUGUGCAUGUAAACGUAGCCAAUGCUGUGUUCAAAGAAAAUGAUGUUUGAUGUGUGAUAUCCUGACUAAAUGCAUCUUGUGUAUUGAAAUGUUGGAGUGCCCCUUUAAAAACGUUUAUCUUUUUUUGUGGAUGUAACUUUCCAUCUUGUAACUCUUUGUGCUUGAAAUAAAUAAUUUUUUUGACCCCUUGA